AACAAGUUUCUCAUUCUGCAUUUAUCUGUCGUAUGAGCCGGACGUCUACAAUGUUAGUUAUAAAAUUAUUUUUUAGUGCUUGUGUAUUAUCAACUGUCUUAGGAUUUACAGUGCCUUAUCCGAAAAUCGAAGCAAUCUAUCCAAAAGGAUUCAGAGUAUCUCUACCAGAUGACGGAUACUCUUUCUUUGGCUUUCGUGGUAAUCUGAACGAAGAAUUGAAUGGUUUAGAAUUAGGUCAGUAUACGAAAGAUGUACCCGUUCCAACCAACGGCCAAUGGACAUUUAAAGAAAACAAAGCCAAACUAAUGCUCGGUGAUACAAUUAAUUAUUGGACUUUUGUAUUAAAAAAUGGAGUCAGAAAUAUACAGCAAGGAUCAUGGACUGUCACAGAGUUUGUUAAUAAUGCUGGUAUGCCUGUUGAUGAAAACGGCAAGCCAACCAUGACAAGAGUCAUCACCACACCGCCACCUAAUGGCGUUGAUUCUAAGUUCGGUGAGGCUACUUCACGAAAACCAGAUGUGACUGGCACCACCGUAUCGUCGUGUCAAGAAUCACAAACCGCAGUUUUCGGCCGGACGAAGAUUUGUAAAGGCGAUCUUCUUUUUGCCGAGGAAUUUGAUAAGAGAAAUAUCAAGGAGUUAAUUCAAUGGGAUCCAGAGGUCAAGUUCCCACAGGAGCCGGACUAUCCAUUCAACGUGUAUAUGACGGAUUCUUUGGGACUUGAAGACGGAAUCCUAUCUAUAUCUCCGUUGCUCUUACAGUCCAAAUAUAACGAAGAUAUAAUCAAUGAACGCUUAGAUUUGGCCAAUUCGUGUACUGGUCGCAUGGGAACGAGGGAGUGCGCUCAGGUUGCGUCUGGCUUCCUAAUCCUGCCCCCUGCCAUCACAGGCAAACUGACAACAAGGAAUAAGUUCAACUUCAAAUUCGGCAGAGUUGAAAUCAGAGCCAAACUAACAGAAGGAAACUGGCUGAUACCAGAGAUAACGUUGGAGCCACGUGACAGCGUGUACGGCAACCAACACUACGAGUCCGGUCUGAUCAGAGUCGCCUUCACCAAAGGGAACGCGGUCUUUGCGAAGAAGUUAUAUGGUGGGCCGGUGCUGUCCGACUCUGAGCCGUAUCGCUCCUUCCUCAUGAAGGAGAAGACAGGAAUCUACAACUGGUACCAGGACUUCCAUAAUUACAGCAUGGUAUGGAAACCAGAUGGCCUGGAGUUUUUUGUCGACGGCGAAUUGUACGGUACUGUAGAUCCUGGCGAGGGAUUCUUCUCGUCUGGUAUGAAGCACUCGGUGAAGCACGCAACGCAAUGGGCCCGCGGCACUGCCAUGGCACCUCUUGAUGAGAUGUUUUACGUGGCGCUUGGUCUUCGUGUUGGCGGCGUCAAUGACUUCGCUGAUGAUUCCAUCAAGCCCUGGAAGAACAGGAACAGUAAAGCGAUGUUAAACUUCUGGAACGCCAAAAACAGCUGGUACCCGACCUGGUCAGAUGCUGCGGUCAAAGUCGACUACGUUAGAGUUUACGCUUUGUAAUUAUGUUGUACGUUAUAGAAAUAAAAGUUUGUUACGUUAA